AUGAGUGGGGAUCUCCACUCCUGUGUUUGAGGGCCUCCUUGGAGCCUUAUGGGGCUGGCUUGUGAUGGGAACAUGACAGGCCCAGCCCAGACAGGGACAAAGGCAAUGGGACACAUCAACAUGGACACACACACUGUGCUUGAGCCACAGAGCAGAAGGACCCCUCAGAGCUCUGAGCUGGUGGGGGUCCUGGCAGGCUUCCUGGAGGAGGUGACGCUUGAACUAAGAGCUGAAGAACAGGCGUCACCCAUCAAACCAAAAAGCUUUCCCAUCAUGAGGAUGCUGCCGCCAGAGGGUCCCCGGGCCUCCGAAGAGGGCACAGCCACUGGGCCCCAGCGAGGCGACUGCGUCAUCUGCUACUCGGCCUAUGACCUCACUGGGCACCUACCCCGCCGCCUCUACUGCGGCCACACCUUCUGCCAGGCGUGCGUGCGGCGGCUGGACACGCCAGCCCACGAGCAGCGCUGGAUCCCCUGCCCGCAGUGCCGCCAGAGCACACCCACACCCCGCGGAGGGGUGGCCAUGCUGGACCUCGACCUGGCUGCCUUCCUGGCUGUCAGGGCCGAACGGGAACCGCCUCGCACAGAACCCCAGCCCCCCACGCCCCUCAAAGGCAGCACCGCCAUCACUCAGCAGCCGGCCAGGCUUUGCCCCGCCUUGGGCCCCCAGCCCCACUUCCCCCAGCCCAGAUGCUGCUGCUGGGGCUGCAGCAGCCUCUGCUGGGACCCCCCAGGCAGCCCCGAGGCCUGA